CGAUCACCCGGAAACAGAUAGUAAGAGAAAGUAAAAAAACACACACACAGGGUAGUUAACUCACGUUGAAUGGCAGUUAUUCAAAAAUAUGGAAAGAAAUGUAGUCCAGAUUUGGUGUUUCACAAGGAGAACGGAGCGCCUGGAUGUCACAAAGAGCACAACAACAACUGGUCAAGGCCGGUGGCGAGGGUAUGGACGAUGGUGCUGCUGCUCGGGACUUGCCUCCUCUACUGCGCCCGCGUGGCGAUGCCCAUCUGUGCCGUCAGCAUGGCGGUGCAGUUCCACUGGACCAAGAGGGAGUCCGGCAUGGUGCUGGGCAGCUUCUUCUGGGGCUACUGCUUCACCCAGGUGUUCGGCGGCUACGUCAGCGACCGGGUUGGAGGUGAGAAGGUCCUCCUGCUCUCUGCAGCAUGCUGGGGGUCGAUGACGGCCUUCACCCCGAUCCUGUCCCGCUUCUGCUCCCAGCCGAUCAUCUCCAUGACGCUGGCCCACUUCCUCAUGGGCUUGUUGCAAGGAGUUCAUUACCCAUCUCUGGUCAGCCUGUGCUCUCAAAAGGUGGUGGAGAGUGAGAGAGGCUUCCUCAUGAGCACCGUGGCAAGCGGCUCUUAUCUUGGCACUCUGGUGAUGGGAGGGGCCGGCUCCCUCAUGCAGGACCUCUACGGCUGGCAGAGCGUUUUCUACGUGGCUGGUCUCCUCUCGGUCAUGUGGGCCUACUGCAUAUGGAAGUGUCUGCUCAAAGGAGAAGGGCCCAUCAUCACCCUGGAGGCACUGGGGAAUGGGGGGGCCCAGUCCAAACUGACCAAGAGACAUUGGUUAAGGCUCCUUAGGCAACCUCCAGUCUGUGCUGUGAUCGUCGCACACCUUUGCACAGCGAGCACCUUCUUCACUCUUUUGUCAUGGCUGCCAACGUUCUUCAAAGACACUUUUCCCGAUGCCAAGGGUUGGGUGUUCAACGUCGUUCCCUGGUUGGUGGCCAUACCCUCGUCCCUGUUCAGUGGCUGCCUCUCUGACUACCUCAUCAGUCAAGGCUACAACACAGUCUCAGUGAGGAAGUUCAUGCAGUUUUUCUCCAUGGGUGUGUCCAGUGUGUUUACCCUCCUUCUGUGUGGAAACCCCACCUUCCCCUGGGCUGUAGCGUUUGUGGCCGCGACCAUGGGCUUAACCACCUUCAGCCACAGCGGUGUAACUGUAAAUGUUCAAGAUCUUGCUCCUUCCUGUGCUGGAGCUUUAUUUGGUGUCAUGAAUACAUGUGGUGCUUUCUCAGGGGUCCUUCUGGUGUAUUUCUCGGGGUAUCUCAUCGAGGUCACGGGCUCGUGGACUUCUGUGUUCGCCCUCAUCACCGCGAUCAACCUGCUGGGCCUCUGCACCUUCCUGGUGUUUGCCGAGGCCCGCCGGGUCGACAUCGACCUUGGCAAGGUCCGCCACCCCAACAUCCACAUCUAGAUGCAAGGUCCCCCGUCCCCCGUCCCCCCAAGGGAGACAAGACCCUCGGGUAACCAGCAGUUUAGGCAUAUAAAAACCCUGGAAAACGACUUUGAUCGUCUCUGUGUCUGGUCGGAUGAAGUGCCGCAAGAGUUACUGAAAAGCACACAGCAGAGCGUAUACUGACAAACCUUGUGGAGCUAGAGCAUCAAAUCCCUGAAAGAAAACACACGGCUGGUUUAGACGACGCUACGACCGUUCAGGGUGGAAUGGAAAACUAAAAGAGUCUAUGCUACCUCCAGGUCUCAGCUUGUGCAGCACGUUGUGGUUAAAGGUGCUAAAUUCCAUACACAGAGUGUUGAUAUUGGAGGGAAAAAGGUAUCUGCUAUGUAAAGAUAUAGUGGAGUGAUGUCUAACUGAGCAGAGUAUGCAGUCACUGUCUCUCUCUGAAUAUGUUGCAAUCAGAGCUUCUCCGUUUUUUUGCCGCUCUCAUACGGCGGUUACGGCCGAUAACGUUGUUGUGGAAGCAGUAGCACCCAAACUUCCAAUUCCCCUUUAGGUAAAAAAACAAAACACUGUUAGCUCUGCCAGCACUGCUUUCUGUUGUUUGCGCUGCUGUCAGCACCGUUAGCUGUGAGCCGUCGCCAUGUUGAGAGCCGUUGAGAGGCAACAGAAAAUGCUUCCAAAUUUCACAUUUAGCACCUUUUUAAACAGCUGCUUUUACACUUGUCAUUUAUUACAGAAUGUGUUACUCGUGUGUGGAGCUCUCUGACAGUUGUGACUUAUUAAGGUGGUGUGUGUUCUCACCCUGCGGGGGUGGUUGUGGGGGAGACGGUGUGAGGCAGAGAGAGUCCAGCCUCCCCUACCUGAAGUCUUUUAUUAGUACGCCACACUCACCCCAUCACUGUCUGAGUGACACCUCAUUACCCAGCUACUAAUUACUUGGCAGGCGCUCUAAUGUCCUCUACCAUUUACCUGCUACAGUCCUCGUCUCCAUGGUUACAAGCUCAUCUUAUCUUUACAGUCAGAGGGGGGUGAAAGGGGUCAUGGGGAAGCGGUAUGUUGCUUUAAAGAAUAUGUUUUGAGUUGUAAGACCAAAGGUAAUUAAUUAUUUUCUUUCUAUGUGAUUUGCAUGUACUAGAAAUACCUCACUUAAUUAUUUUGGAGUACUUUGGAGUAUAUUUAUACGGGCUUAAUUUCAAUUUUUUUAUUAUUUUUUUGAAUAUAUUAACUAAAAAUGAAUAAAUAUAUAUAUGGUAAGAUGACAGAAAAUCUUAAGCUGUUAACAGUGUGAUGCAGUAUGAAUAACCCUUACAGAGCUUUCAGCAGGUCUAGUUUCCUCACUUCUUUUCUGUCUUCCACUUUGUCGGAAAGAAAUUUGUUCAUAUUAUCACUUUGGUGAAAACUGGAUCUCCAACUUCUUAUCAUCGCACUUAACAUCGUUGUCAGCGAAGCGCUAGACAAGAAGAGACGUCUCUGUAUUUGAAGGGGUUUAGAGAAGUGAGGUUCUCUCCUCUUCUGGUGGUACUUAUUUUCGAAAAAAUAUGUUUGUUUGUCAAAGGAGAGAGUCAAAUAAUUUUUUGAUCCCAUUUGAAUUGUGGCAUAAAUUACUCAUAAGAUGUUUGUCAAUUUAAAAGAUAAUUUUGCACAUCAAGAAAGGCUGUUACUUUGACUAGCUACGUUACACGCACAAAUGUAACGUUAUCUUCCCUGAUGUGUUUUUUUUAUCCAGCGACUGUUUUUUAUCAGCCUGGAAGAGAAAGAACAAGCGGGACGCGUUGUUGGUGUAUCGUAGCAUUGUAGCUUGAGAGAGAGCUGCAUUUAUACGACUUUUCGGGUGUGUCGUUUUCUUAAUUCGGUAUUUUUCACAGUCUUAUACUUUUUACAGUUUUUACCACAAAACGUGACUUUCUUUACGUGCAAAAUUGUAUUUUAGUUGACUUAACACAUAACAUGUGUAAUUAAUGGAACAAUUCAAACAGGAUCAAAAAAAUAUUUGCCUCGCUGUUGACUGCUGUACAUACUUUUUCCAAAAUAAGUUAUCAUGGUGGCUAGCGGUUAGGGGCGGGACUUAACUUCUCUAUAGUUCGCACAAAACGGAUCCCCUUCACGCGUCAUGGCGGCAUUUUUCUCUCUGUUGCACACUGACACGAUGAAUGUUGCGGGACAGGUGAUGGGGUUACAAAUCUCGGGGUCAAUACAUUUGAUGAACUGGAGAACAAUUCGGAACGUUUAUGCAAAAAAAGUUAUCGUUCGUAGCAUUCAGCUUUGGCAUUCACAGCACAAAAACAUGUCAUUAGAUUCUUACCUGACACGUGUACCUUUUUUAAAUCUAUGCAUUUAUUAUUUUGUGCCUGAUUUAAGCAGUUAGAGAGCUUUAAGUUGUGCUCACAUGUCAUGUAUUGAUCAUUGUACAUCGCUACAUUGUUGCCUUCUUUGUAGGAGUUUUGUUGCUUCUGUGUGACUUGGUAUUGUUAUUUACAUGCAAACCCACAUUCGUUUUCUAGGGUGUUUUCACUAAAAACACACUGAAAUGUGUCCUUUGGCUGAAUAUUUUGUCCGAAUAGAUUUCUUUUUCUGAAAUGCCCAUUAUUACAUUGCCUUGGUUAAUGGUUACAAAAAUGUGGGCAUUGAUUUAUUCAAAAGUUUGCUCUCUGUCUUUCAGAGUAAAGAUACAGUUUCUGUAAAUCAAACAUAUUUAGUCUAUUUAGAAUAAUUUAUUUUGAUAUGAAAUCUGAUAUCUACGCAAAAUGUCACUUUGAUUCUGUACCUACUAUGUUCUGAUGUGAUCGUACACAAUGUGUCUGCCUACACCUUCAAGAUGCAAAAUGUAUUUAAUUUUUUGUUUGCCUUAUUAUUGCAUUAUUUAAAACUGCAUUCAUUGCUUGUAGCUUUAUGUCUGUUACUACAUCUUGCAAAAUGUAAACAUUUACAUAAGAAAUAUCUGAUCUGUUCACCAACAUAUCUCACUGUAGGUUCCUGAGAUCCUUCCUGUCAAAUCCUUUUUGAUAACAUGUAAGAUAUGUAUGAUAGAAAGAAUACAUUCCUGCAGACAAAAUGCAGUAUUGUAAUGCUUUUAAGAAGCGUUGUAUUUAAAAACAUGUAUCAACUUUUAAUAAAAAGUCUAUUUUGU